UUUCUUCUGUACUCAUCUAGAGAGCUCAUCUAGAGAAUAUUCGAUUACCCUGGAAGCCCCCCUCCUUACGUACACAGUCCAGCAGCAGUCCACUCCUCAGUUCGAGAUCUCAAACAAGAUCGACACCCUCAUCGAGCCCACAGCGCACGCACUCUUCCCUGACCGGAUGAAGUCAUUCUCUCCUGCGGCGUCUCCACAAUGACUUCACAAUGCUGUCAGCCAUCCACAUGCAGAACCAGGAAAGCGAGCAAGUCGAUGCCAUCAUCAUCAUGAGAAUGGGUUAUAAAGAGGGUUGAAGAGUUCUCUACCGCAAGCUCUCAACACAUCAAUCAAAGCCAUCUAUCUCUCUACACAACCAACUCAAUACAAAUCCUCCUCUCCUCUACCUCCCAUCUCAAUCCACCCAAUCAAUCACCAUGCCUCGCGGAGCUGAAUACGACAACGGUGUCCCCCAGAGCGACAACGCCAUCGAGGCCGGCCAGACCAAGGUCCACGGCGUCGGCAACGACAACGCCGACCUCUCCCGUACCCACAAGGUCGCCGACCUCCCCGUCGAGGGCAUCAACGCCAACGGCCUGGCCAGCGGCGGCGGCAGCUCCGGCCUUUCCGGAGGUAGCGGCAAGGGCGGCCAUAACCCGAACACCCUUGGUGAGAACAAGGGCGUCGGUGCGCAGGGCGUUUAAAUCAACCUGAAAACAUGAUUUGAGACGAUUUCUUUUAGAAUACGCGAUAUUGCAUUAUCAUUGGAGUUGGAUGGGAUACGUGUAUACUUGUACGAUAUUAUGAGAAUUUGUUAAUGCAAAAUAUUGUCC